AUGGAUCGCGGGGUGCGGGUUCGGUUCGAAGGCCUCAUGUCCAGCUACGUCGUCUCAUCCACCCACCCCGUCACCCACCCGGUGACCAUGUCGUACCUGGAGAUCUACAACGAGAACAUCCGCGACCUGCUCAACCCGUCGUCUGGCUUCCUGGAGCUGCGCGAGGACCCUCGCGGCCGCAGCAUCCAGGUGGCCGGCCUCUCCGAGCUCUCCACGCAGUCCACCGAGGAGGUGAUGGUGCUGCUGCAGAAGGGCAACCGCGCGCGCACCGUGGAGCCGACGGCCGCCAACCGCACGUCGUCGCGCUCGCACGCGCUGCUGAGCGUGACGGUGCGCCACGCCACGCCGCUGGCCGGCAGCGAGCGCAUGCGCACGCGCGUGCGCCAGGGCCGCCUCUUCAUGAUCGACCUCGCGGGCUCCGAGCGCGCCUCGCAGACCAAGAACCGCGGCAAGCGGCUGCAGGAGGGCGCGCACAUCAACCGGUCGCUGCUGGCGCUGGGCAACUGCAUCAACGCGCUGUCAGGCGGCGCGCGCUACGUCAACUACCGCGACUCGAAGCUGACGCGGCUGCUCAAGGACGCACUGAGCGGUAACUGCCGCACCGUCAUGGUGGCGCACGUCAGCCCCGGCGCCCGCCACCGCGAGGAGAGCCGCAACACGCUGCUCUACGGCGACCGCGCCAAGAACAUCUCCAACAAGCUGCGCGAGGAGAUCGCGCCCGGCGCACCAAGAUGGAAGGAAGAGCGGCCGCCGCCGUCGGCGGAGGCCGGCGCCGAUUGCGCAAGCGACCACCUGCGCCUGCUGCGCGAGCAGCUCGUCCCGCCAUCUUCAAGGAGCAGUGCGCCUAGGUUUCAAACUGGUCUGAAACCAGCUUUGUAUUUGCAGCUUCAGAAGCUACUACAAUUUUCUAGUAAAACUAAGUUAUUGCCGCUCACAGUGGAGGGGGAGGGAGGGGGUGGUAGUGGUGUUAGGGAUAUGGAUCUGCGUCGUGACGUGGGUCCUGCAAGAGACACAGGGCUAAUUACCCCCUUCUUCCUCCUCACGCGCCGACUGAUGGAGUUAGAUGGUCAUCUUCUAUCUCUUGGGGCUGAAGCUGAAAGACAACAUCUUUUAAUUUCCCAAUGGGAGUCUCAAAACAAUAAACUUUACAAGAAUAGUAGAUCAUCAAGUAAACGAUGGAUGCAAAGUCGACCAAGCACAGAUCCAGACAUGGAUACAGAUAGAGAAUGGUCUGAUGGGGAAUCCAUAGAUAGUUCCUUACAACAGGCAUACACUGAGCUUUCAUACAUAGAGAAAGAGCAAGAACGGUACGCUGAAAUGAGAGCAGAAACAGAAAAGAAUUUAGAAGAAUGUAGAAAGCAAGCUAUUAAACUGGAAAAUGAGCUACCAUCACAAAUUAGUUCAGAUGAGGAAAGGGAACUUCUUGGUCUCAUGUGUAGGGUUCAUGAAUUGGAAGUGGAAAAAAUGGCUUUGCAAAGUGAGAGAUUAAUAAAACAACAUGAGUUGCGAAGAAGGGACAUGGUCAUUCUUCGUUUUGACAGACAACGCCAACUGUGUGAAGAAAUAAUUACUCGACAAAGGCAAUUGAUGGAAGAAGGCUGUGUAUCUCUUCCUCCUGAUCUUCAAGAGUUAUAUCGACUUUAUCAGAGAGAAAUUCAUGCCGCCACCUACAAUGAUGCAAGUCCUAGCUACAAUCCUGGCUUUCCAUUCAGCAAUUAUACACGUGAUAAGGACAAACUUCCUCCUAUCACCCAAGUUUCUGCUGGCUCUGAAUAUGGACCUUCUCCUCUUCCACCUAUUCAAGAUCCAUUAGGAGGUCGCCCUGGACAGUUGGAAACCAAUCCUGCUGCAGCAGUAUUGUUUCCUCCCAUAGGUUUGUCAAAUGCCCCUCAAGAACACCCAAGGUCAAGUCAAACUACUAGCCAUGUGUCUAGAAGUCCAUCUCGUCUCCCAAGACCUCGUGAUCAACACAGUGGUCGAGGUUUAAGGCGUGUGGCAAGUGAUGAAAACCUUUCCUCGGAAAAGCCUGCUCGGCCAACUGUGUGGCGAUAUUGACUUGUGUGAAUAAUGCAAGACAUUUUUAUACACACUUGAAGAUUGUAUACAAUAAAAGAAAAUUAAAUAGGAAUAAUAGGAAGAAAAUGAAGAAAGAAGACUGUUAAUACCACAGAAAAUAAGAUUAAUUUAUAUUACUGGUAAUUUGUGGAGUGUUAGUUUGACUGAUUGCAUCAUGAACAUGUGAUGAACUACUGCUUUUAAAGAAAAAAAUACAACAGAACUUCCUUCUUAAAGUUUGUAAAGGUUCAUGUAGUAGUGAAUUUCAAAGUUCAUGAUGAAAUAUUGAAAAAUAAGGAUUUAAUAUUAUCUUUCUCAUAACAAAAUUUUCCUUUAAUUUACAUACCUCAAGGGUUUCAGAGUUUCAGGAAAUAAUUUUCAAUUACUUUUACUGUACAUGAUUGUACAUUGAUAAAUUAUUUUACAAAAAAAAAAUAUUGAUUUUUUUGUGUGUGGGCAGAAACUGGAGAUUGUGAAACAGGGUGGAUCCAGAAAGUACUGCUGGAGGGUCAAUUCAAGUUUGAACCCCCAUAAAUAAGAUUACAUUGAAUUGUUAGCUUCAAAUAAAAGAAUAUUUGUGUGUAUUCACAAUGGAAAUACUGCUUUGGAUGUGAUAUGAUCUCUUUAUGGUAAUUAUUUUGAAUAAACUGAGUUUAAGGACAAAGUAUGUAGGAGGCGAAGGGGGAUGGCUCCAGAGCCCCUCCCCGCUUCCUCUUGAAUCCACUUCUGUUUUCAAAUUGGUUUGCAAUUAUUUAUUGUUUUGAAUCAAAACACUACUUUUCAAAAUUUAAUAAUAUUCCUUUUUGAAGAAUAUUAUGCUGAACGUUGUAUUUUUAAAACCUGUUUUGGAUUUUAGAGAUAGAUUGCAAAUAUGCUUCUAGAAAUUACAAGAGAGCAAGUGAGAAACAACCCUGCAGUUGCUUUCUUAAAAAUUCCUGUCUUUCCUACCGAUGGGUAAAAGAAAUAUUAACACUUAGCAACUCUUCCAAUUUUUGAAAUUGGCAUUAAUUAAUUAUAUAUUUGAGUGACUGAAUUACAAAAUUGUUCAUUUUAGUUCUUAAAGAAUGUAGCAUUUUUAGAAAUUUACAAAAAUAUAAUUCACUCAAAUGCAAUGUCUAAAUCGACACUUUUGAAUAUUUUCAAUCUCAUUAGAAACAUCCUUUACUAUAUUAAUAUUUCCAAUCCGCUUUUGCUAUAUCUUCUGGGCAAAAAUGGAGAGAAAAUUUAACAUAAUUGAAAAUAAAUGCCUCAAAAUGCUUGAGAGGAUAAACAGCUUUAAAAGAUAAAUUUGAAAAAUUUAAAACUAGAGAAAAUGACACAUUCAUCAAAAUAAACUUCCAUGAGUUGAUUAAAACCAUAGAUGUUACUAUGAAUGCGUUAUGAAAAGUAAAACAUUUAGCUAUAGUCAUACUUUUCAGCAGUGUUAGGUUCUAAUUACUAUUAAAAGGUGUAACUUCUCCUUACUUGCAGGAAAAAGAAAGUGUAUUGAAUAUUUUUCAUGCUACUGUAUCUGUCUUCCAAAAAUGUGAAAAAAUUCCGAUAGGAAAUGCCAGAAAGGAGAAAAGUGUAAAAUGUGUACAGCAAUGUGUAUAAUUUCAUCUAUUUAUUCCAAUGACUACAAUGCUCUGUGAUAUGCAUAACCAGAAAAAUAAAAGGAUUAUAAUACAUUUUUCUGCAAAGCACAUUGUAGUCAUUUGAGUAAUUAGACAAACUAAAUUCAAUAUUUUAUUAAUGUGAUGAAUUGUUAUUGUUGUUGAUACAUCACUUGUGAGAAAUUCAUUUUAAAAUGAAAAUAAUGUUUUGUUAUUUGUAUUUUGGUUUCCCUAUUGUGUUAUGAGUUUCAAUAAAAUGUGAUAUCGUAUCAGUUUCA